GCAAUUGCGGCAUUCUGCGGUGUUAAGUGAUCCCUCACCUCUCAUCCCUCAUCGUCUGUCUCAGGACCGUGGUCAAAGUGUCACUCUUUACUUGCGUGCUCUUAAUUCGUUGUGUUGAGCGCUGGUUUGAUACUAUAUCAAGCUGUUGAUUACCCCGCUGUCUCCCCUCCGCUUAGGAAACACGACCACGACUUUCACCUGAACGUUAACCUCUUUGAUCUCUCACCUGUACCUCGCCUGCGAUCUCGCCUACGAUCUUAUACAUUAUGGCCUCAGAACAACCUGCUGGUGGCUCUCUUGCGGACCGCAUCUCCAAGCCGGAGGAUUCCUUGCCUACAGAUGCUCCCGAACAGACGCCCGAACAAACUCCCGAACAGGUCGUCGGAAAUGAUCAGAUUGACGGCGCGCCCGCCGAGCUGGGUGGCUCCGAUCUCCAGGAGCCUGAAUACACGGUCGAAGUCAAGCUCAGCGAUCUUCAAGCUGAUCCGAAUAACCCCCUGUUUUCCGUAAAGAACUUUGAAGACCUUGGCUUGGAUCCUCGCAUCCUUCAGGGAUUGUCCGCGAUGAACUUCCGCAAACCCUCCAAGAUUCAAGAAAGAGCCCUUCCGCUGCUACUGGGAAAUCCCCCGAAGAACCUGGUUGGCCAGUCCCAGUCCGGCACUGGAAAGACGGCUGCCUUUGUCUUGAACGUCCUUAGUCGCUUGGACCUUUCGUCGGAGCAGGCGCAGAAGACUCCCCAGGCUUUGAUCCUGGCCCCCACACGAGAGCUGGCUCGUCAGAUUGUUGGUGUCAUUCAGGUCAUGGGUCAGUUCCUCGACGGGCUCGCUAUUGGCACCGCUGUACCAGCAGACUCCAACGCCCGUCACGCCAAGCUCGAAUGCUCCGUUGUUGUUGGCACGCCCGGAACAGUCAUGGAUCUUAUCAAGAAGCGUAUCAUGAUUGCAGCCAAGCUCCGAGUGCUGGUUUUAGAUGAGGCCGACAACAUGCUCGACCAGCAAGGUCUGGGUGACCAGUGUAUCCGUGUUAAGAGUUUGCUGCCCAAGGACAUCCAGGUGGUGCUCUUCUCGGCCACAUUCCCCACCCAUGUCCACGAAUACGCGUCCAAAUUCGCCCCUCAGGCCAACGAACUCACCCUCCAGCAUGAGGAGUUGACCGUGGAAGGUAUCAAGCAACUGUACCUUGAUUGUUCGGAUGGAGAGGACAAGUACCAGACCCUUGUCCAGCUCUACGGGCUGCUCACCGUCGGCUCGUCCAUCAUCUUCGUUCGGACCCGUAAAUCCGCCGAGGAGAUCGAAAGGCGAAUGGUUGCUGAGGGCCACACUGUCGCCUCCUUGAGCGGUGGAGUUGAAGGUUCGCAGCGUGACAGUGUCAUUGACAAGUUCCGUGCCGGGCAGGCGAAGGUCCUGAUCACAACCAACGUUCUUGCUAGAGGCAUUGACGUCUCGACCGUUUCCAUGGUCAUCAACUACGAUAUCCCUGAGAUCCACCAGCCCGGCGCCCCUCAACGCCAGGCUGACUACCAGACGUACCUGCACCGUAUCGGUCGUACUGGACGUUUCGGUCGCGUUGGAGUUUCCAUUUCGUUUGUCUCCAACCGUGAAGAGUGGGAGAUGCUCAACCAAAUCCAGAAGUAUUUCAACACUAGCAUCCAGCGGAUCGACACCAAGGACUGGGACGAGGUGGAGGAUGUUAUCAAGAAGACGAUUAAGAGCUCGCGUGCCCAGAUCGGCUUCCGUUAAGCGCGUCCGACGAACCCGACGCGAUGCCACUGUUUGCUGGCGGUUGCUCCACAGUCGUUUGGGACAGAUUGGUUUAAGACAUGGCUGCAAUGUGGUUUACUUAUGAAGAGUUACGAGGAUUUCUUUGCUGUUAAAAUGAAGUCAGAUUACUAGAUACCAGUUUAAAUCUCACCGGGUGAUU